GUUGAGUCAAAGCUUCAAUCUACAGAGGAUUUGAUUACGAGACUAAAGCUCCAGCAGAGCGAAGAGAUGGCGACUGCAAGAGCGUUGAUGGAGCAACAACAUGCUGAGGCCAUUGCAUCAUUGACGGAAGAGCUGGAAGGGAGGAUUGAGUUGGCCAAGACAGAACGUGAGGAAGCCCUUGACAUUCAGUUGGAAGUAAUGACACGUGAAUCCACUGAGCUCAAAGACAAGUUGACAUCUAAGGAUCGAGAGUGCCAAGAGCUCCAGGAGGUACACAGGGUUGAUAUGGACAAGCUGAAGGAAAUCAAUGAGUUGCGACAGUCAGAGCUGCAAUCAAGGCUUCGAGGGAUGGAAAAGAAGUGCAAGCAGCAGCAGGAAAACCAUGAAGGCAUGCUGCGUAAUUUGCAUGACGAGCUGGAGCGGUGCUUGGCAGAGGCACAGGAGAAACUGGAGAAAGCUGAAAAGAAAUCCAUGCGACUUGAGGAGGAAAGCAGGGCCCGUGAAGCUCAACUCAAGGAGAGUUACGAGCAACAAAUUGAGGAG